AUGGCAUUCAAAUACUUCGCCCUCUUCGCCCUCGUCGCCGUCGCCAGCGCCGCCGUCCUGCCAGUCGCCUACAAGCAGGUCGAGUACGCCGAUGCCCCGGCCGAGUACCAUUUCAACUACGAAGUGCACGAUGACCACACCGGAGAUAUCAAGAGCCAGCAGGAGGAGCGUCAUGGAGACAACGUUGUCGGACAGUACACCCUGAUCGAUGCUGAUGGAUACCGACGCGUCGUUGACUACACCGCCGAUGAGCACAACGGAUUCAACGCCGUGGUUCGUCGUGAGCCUCUGAGCGGACACAAGCUGGUGAAGGCCGUCGUCCCGGUCGCCAAGGUCGCUGUCCCGGUCGCCAAGGUGUACUCCGCCCCGAUCGCCAAGGUUGCCAUCCCCUCGUACCACUAUUAA